AUGAUCUACCAAAGUGGUGGGGAAAAGCAUGAGCUCGGUACGGCGUUCCUGGUCAUAGGUGAGAUGCGAAAGCGAGUGAUCGGAUGGUGGCCGAUCAAUGAAAGGAUGUGCAGGGUGAGGCUCCGGGGGAGGUUCUUCAAUUUGAGCAUUAUUAAUGUGCAUAGUCCGCACCUUGGAAGCACCGAUGACGAUAAGGAGAACUUUUAUACGCAGCUGGAGAGGGAGUACGACCGCUGUCCACAACACUACGUCAAGAUUGACAUCGGAGAUUUUAACGCUCAGGUCGGACAGGAGGAGGUAUAUAAACCCACAAUUGGGAGUUUCAGCGCCCACCAGCUUACGAACGACAACGGGCUUCGCCUUGUAAACUUCGUCUUCUCCAAGCACAUGACCAUUCGCAGCACCUUUUUCCAGCACGCACCUCGCUUCAGGUACACCUGGAGAUCACCACAGCAGACAUAUUCCCAGAUUGACCACGUUCUCAUUGAUGGAAGGCACUUCUCGGAUAUUAUCGACGUACGGACAUAUAGAGGAGCAAACGUCGACUCAGACCAUUUUCUGGUUAUGGUCAAGUUACGCCAGAAACUGAGCGUAGCCAAUAAGCUGCGCUAUCAGCCAACUCCAAGGCUUAACACAAAUCGGCUGAGGCAAGCUAAUGUGGCGAGAGAUUGCGCGAUCGCGUUCGGGGAAGCGCUGCCGGAGGACACCAUUACCGAGGCGAAAUCCCUCAACGACCACUGGUGUAUUGUGGAGCAAGCCAUCAGCAGCACGGCCGAGCGAACAAUUGGCCGCGUAACACGUAACCAGAGGAAGGAAUGGUUUGAUGAUGAGUGCAGGCGAGCACUAUCCGAGAAGAACGCGGAGCGUACCCGAAUGCUCCAGUGCGAGACCCGGCAGAACGUGGAAAACUACAAACGACUGAGAAGACAGCAUACCCGACUCUUUCAGGAGAAGAAGUGCAGCUUUGAAGAGUCGGACAAGCAACUGAUGCAGCAGCUAUGUCAGUCGGGGGAAACUCGCCAGUUUUACAGGAUGUUGAAUGCAGCACGAAGCGGUUUUACUCCCAUGAUUGCAAUGUGCCGCAACGUGGAGGGAGAUAUCCUGUCGGACGAGUGA